UUUUUUUUUUUCUCCAGGUCCUCAUUCCUCCCUUCCCUCCCUCGGACCUCCUUCCUGCCUCCGGCCUCUCUCUCUCUGUCAGUCUGGCCGGCUUUCACCAGUCUCAUCCACUCCAUCCUCACCAUCACAUCACUUUCACCACACACACCACACCACACCACACCACACCACCCACACCCCCAGCCGUCGAUCACCAAACGGCGCACUGACCACCUCGUCUCUGGUCUGUUUCCCUGCCCAGCGCAGCGCAACGCAACGCACCGAGAGCCACUAUUCUUUUUUCUGCCGUUGUUUUCAGGCUGCACCCCUUCUGUAGCACUCACCAGCCGCGAUUGCGCGCCCUCGUCCCUUGCACACGCCCCCCUCCGAUAAGGCCAGAUAACCGGCUCUCCGGGGACCUCGCUCUUUCUCAUAAAUACCACGCGCCGCCAUCUCGGCCAAAAACCACUGACGUGCACGCGAUUUCCUCCGCUCAGGUCCCUCCACCUUCCCGCAUCGCCAAAAAAAUACCACGGCGCCGCCUUCCACAACCCGCGACGCGACCCGGCCGGAUUAACCAUUUUGCCUUGCGCUGCACCCACCCUCACCAUCACCAUCGCAUCGCAUCGCAUUCGUCGCCGUCACCACCACUCCCACUACCGAUCAUCAUCUCCAUCUGCAACAUCGGUAUCCAACAUCAAUUGCGCAUCGCCAGUUACGCGCCAGCGCAUCUGCGAUCAUUCUUCCGACCUUUCUCGCGCGCACCCCGACGCCUGCAUCCCUGGUAAUAGCUGUCGCAACUGCUUGCGCGCGCACCCGGUCACGAAUCGCGACGCACCUUCCUUCCCCCCCGGCUUCUUUCCUUCCCGGUCCGACGGUAGCUUCCUUGCGCGAUUGCACCUGCUCCACAGUGCCUUCCGCAUCAACCAUCAUCGACUCGACCGCUACUGCUCCCCCACGCCUGUCCUUGUCUCAAUUCCUCCUUGUGACAAGCCCUGCUCCACAUCUCUUCCACCAUUUAACGCCGACCACGAGAACACCGCGUUGCCCGAGCUUUCAAUCCAUCUAAAGCAACGAUUUACAAACGCGCCAUUGCCAUCAAUCGAAUAUCACCUGCGCGCGCCGCUACUUUCAUGUCGCGUCGCGCACAGUAACUCUGCACCUACCGUAAUUACCAUAUGGCAGUCAUGGCGUCACCUCAAUCAGAACGCGCCGCCUCGGAUCAGAAGCCCGCCGAGUCCACACCGGUCAAGGAGACCAGCAAGUCUGGAACGAACGGCCAAGCCGGAUCUGCCGAGAAGAGCGACGACAAGGCCGAGAAACCCGAGGAGUCACCCGCUGUCAAUGGCGAUAGCAAAGGUGACGAGCCCCAGACGUCGGACGAUGCGGACGUGAGUGUGCCUAAAGACAAGAACACCGAAAUGGAUGCACCUGCCAAGGAAUUGGUUGAGGGAUCAGCCAAAGGAUCACCGAAGGAUGCAGACAAAUCAUCUGAGCAGCCCAAGUCAGUAGAGCCCGAGGUCCAGACAAAGGACCCGAAGGCGCCCAGCAAGUCUGCGAGCCCCGCCCCCGCCGAGUCAUCCAAGGACGUGGACAUGAGCGACGCGCCCGAGGAGAAGUCGGAAAAGAAGUCAGAGGAGAAGAAGGACGACAAGACGGACGACAAGUCAGACGAGAAGUCGACCGAGAAGACGGCUGAGGCAUCCGAACCUGCCAAGAGCGCGACAGAGCCCCAGGAUGUCGAGAUGACCCAGGACGAGGAAAAGGUGAACGGCACAAACAAGGGAGUGUCAUCGCCCCUUACUUCGGCCGCGCCUUCACAAGAGGUAGAUCUGCAACCUGCAAGCUUGUCGCAACUGGCCAUUGACAGUGACAAGGACAAGUCUUCCAAGCCUUCGGAUACCGAUGUGCCCAUGACCGAGGCUCCGGCUCCGGCGAGCAAGAUCUCCCGCGAGAGAGAAGACGACGUUGAUGCCGAGCCUGCGCCUAAGCGCGCCAAGACGGAUUCCAACGACGGAGCUUCGACUGGAGGUGCCGAGUCCACGGUCGAGGUGAAGCCGCAGGGCGCGCAGGACGAUCUGAGCAAGGGCGAAUCGGCCCUCGACGACCUCCCCCUUUGGAACGACCCCGAACGCGACCCGAAACCUCUCACCUCUCACCAGACGCGAGAGUUCCGCAAGGUGCUGGCAGGCGUGAAGAAGACGAAGCAUGGCGCCCACUUCAAGGACGCCGUUGUCAAGAUGUGGCCCAGUCUUGCUGACAGCUAUGUCAUGCGUGUUAACAACCCCAUGGACAUCGGCGAGCUCGAGCGCAACCUUCGCGACAGCAAAUAUAGCACCCUGCGUCAGUUCAAGGAUGACCUCGGCAAGAUUUACAAGAACUCUGUCAUCUUCAACGGCGUCAACAACGAGAUCACAUUUGCUGCCCUCAGUGUUGUCAAGCUCGCCUGGACCCGCGUCUGCGACAUCCCUUCCGCCGAACCCGCCAAGUCGAAGCCAGUACCGAAGCCCUCGCGCCACUCCGAGUCACGAACAUCCGCCCCUCCGCCCCCGGUGCGCAGACAGCCUAGCAUUCCUGCUGCGAGCCCUCCGGCGAAGGCCGAGGCUGAGGCUUAUGCCGUUCCUCCCGGAGGCGUGCCGCAGGUCCGCCGCGCCUCUACGCAGAACGACUUGGACCGGCCCAAGCGCGCCAUUCAACCCACGAAGAACCGCGAUCCCGACUACUCCGCCAAGAACUUCAACAGGAAGAAGCUGCCCAUCGAGCUUCAGUUUGCCUACGAGGUGUUGGGCGAGUUGAUGGAUCCUAAGAAUUCCCAUUGCAACUUCCCGUUCCUCAAUCCGGUGGACCCUGUUGCACUCGCAAUUCCCACCUACUUCACCAUCAUCAAGCGACCCAUGGACUUGGGUACCAUCAUGGGCAAGCUCAAGAACUACGACUACCAGAACAUCAAGGAAUUCCAGACCGACAUUAAGCAAGUCUUCAAGAACUGCUACAAGUUCAAUCAACCAGGCCAGCCGGUCUACGAACAAGGACAGCAGCUGGAGGUCAUCUUCAGAAGUUUGUGGUCAAAGAAGGAGCAAUGGAUCACCAAACAUACUCCGGCUAAGCCUGUCUCUGACGUUUCGAGUCGCGAAAGCGAAGACGAGGCCGAGGAAGAAGAGGAAGAGGCACCUGCUACGACAGUUGACAACGCGACCAACAAGACGAUCCAGAUGCUCGAGAAACGGCUGGAAGAGGAGACUAAGAAUCUUGCACAGCUCUACAAGACAGCCGAUAUCGCUGGCGACACCAUGAUCGACCUCUCGCAAUCCCUCAUCAGCACCAUUCGGUCGCGCAUCCUGCAGGAGAAGCAGAACCUCGUGGCCCAAAAGCCAGCCAAGACAGCCAAGGCCAAGCCGCCGAAGCCGACCAAGCAGAAGGCCAGCAGCGCCCCCAGCAAGAAGGCGGCCGCGGCUCCCGGGCCGAAGAAGGGCGGAGGCAGUGUGUCCAAGAAGCCCAAGCAGCGUAGCAUGACCCAGCCUGAGAAGGACGCCAUCGCGAAUGCCAUUAAUGACCUGGAGAGUCCGCACAUUGAACGCGCGAUUGAUAUUAUCAAGAAGGACACUGGUCAAUCGGAGAACAGCAGCGGAGAGCUCGAGCUCGAGAUCGAUCAACUUACCAACGAGGCGCUCCACAAGCUGUGGGAUCUCUGCAAAAAGGCAUUGCCCACGUUCGCUAACGGCCUCGCGCCUGCACCGGCUCGCGAAGCGUCGCCUGUUAACACUCCUCCCUCCAAGUCGGCGGGCAAAUCCACCAAGCCCAAGAAGAACAAGCCCAUGAACGCCCAGGAGCAAGAAGCCCGCAUCGCCGAGCUGGAGAGGCUUCGCAACAUGUAUGAUGGAAAUCCUCAGGGUGAUCAAGAGCGCCCUGGCAGUUCCGGUCGUGCGAAUGAAGCACCUAUUCAUGACCACGACAGCGAGUCGUCGGACGACUCAGAAGAGGAGUAAUAGUAUGCUGCGCAUCAACUCGCGUUGAGAGGCCGUGACAAAAGCAGAAGGAGGGGUGGAGAUGGAAAGGGCGAGCGAGUGCACCUGUCAGUGACGAGACUCGGCGCUCCAUGAGCCCAAGCAGACGGCCCAAAAAAAGAAGGGGAGAGGAGCAGGCCUAUUAGUCUUGCAGUGCUUUGCGUUCCCCUCGGCUGAUACCUGCUUCUGGGCUCGGCUCUUAUUGGGGGCGUCUUCUCCCCUUGGACUGGAGAUAUGGUGGUCGUGCCUGUUGAUCACGCAAAGUACUUGGUGUGCGAGACAGGCAUAACAAAGGACCGCAGAGCACAAAGUAGUGAAGAUGAGGAGAGAGCGUUGAUUUGCGGGCGUCGUUCCUGACUAGAUGUCCACUUGAGGAGGCAUCUUUUUUUACUAGCCAGCAGCGACUGAGGCACGAGGCUAGCACCAUUUUGAGCUGUAGAAUAUGAUGUAUAACACUCAUCGCCUCAUAAUGCGUGCAUCGCCAUGUGCCUUGGUUCAUGAUGCCGGUCCAUGGCAAAGCCGGAGUUAUGUCCGGGGGGGAGGGGGCCAAGCUGGCGCAGCUGUUGCCUUGGACCAUAUUGUCCUGUUGCACGAUCGCUCGCAACGGCAACUCAUGGGCGUUCCCCUAUCUGACUUGCCGAUAUACGAUACUGAGUCAGCGCCAAUAGCAAGUUUGGACUCUUUGACGUUGCGGUUCCCGGUUUGAUGAAUCAGCGCCGUGGGAAUACGGGGUUUUGUGAGGAGGGGGGUUCUUGUCCUGUCUCGUCUUUCAGGAUGAGGAGCCAUCGGGACUCUCGGAAAGGGCAAACAUCGGACUGGGGGACCGCACGAAUCAUGAGCUAAGGGGUACGCAAGAGACGGGGCCUUCUUUAUUCAGGGUAAUAGGUCUGAGUUAGGCGGCAGCCGCGGCGAGUUUGCAGGUCGAUGGAAGGAAGCCUUUUGGUGGCUUGGAGGAGGUUACCAUCGGACGACAGGGACUGGACGGGAAUGUUGGGCUCUGCGCCUGGUUUGGGGAACUUGAAAAUUUGCGAGGUGUGUGUGAAGAGGUGAGGAGGCCUGGGCUGGCACGACUGGCCGGUCUCUUAUGCUCGCGAGGGGCUUGAGUGAAAGUGCCGUGAUGUUUGUCGUCCUUGAGCGUGGGCUUUCCAGCGGGAUGCUGGAUGCUACUUAAUCAAAAAAUCCCCUUUCCUACACUACCAAUCAAGUGCAAAGGCCAACAACUACCAUGGGAACGUAGGC